AUGGUCGCAAUUCCCUUCUCACUCCUCCCCUUCCUCUCCAUCCUCAUCGCGUCUGCAGCGAACGUGGCGGGCCACGCAGCGGACGCACCACCCACCUUGCGCCUGUCAAGCCGUAGUAACACUCUCAACGAUCGUCUCCACCAAAGAGAAAUCCUCGACGGCCUCCUCUAUGAACGGCAAAUCCUCGCAGACCUCAUUUACGAGCGCCAGCUCCUUUCCGAACGCAAUGACCGUUCCAACUUGAUCUACAAACGCGAUUCUCUCCCCACUGACUCUCUCCACGAACGCUACCGUGACCUCGACUCCCUACUCACUGCACGCUCAGGCCCUCGAGCGCGAUUGUCAGCCCGCAAGUAG